AUGAGGCAGGUGCGUUGUGCUUGUGUGCGUUUCUGGACGCGGGAACAGGGCAGUACAUUCAAAAGAAGCGGAAAGUCAAUCGUUGAUCGAGAAAAGAAGAGACAACCUUGA